CAAUUCUGGAAUCAUCCUUUGUCGCAAAGCUCUCUCCUGGCCACGCAGCUUUUCGUUUCUUGGCAAGCUAUCAAAAUGGGAAGUUCAUGCUUGCAUAGUGCAGGUUUCCUUGCGUUGAUUUAUUGGAACUUGCAAAGGCAUUUCAGUCCAAGGUCAAAUAUCAGAGCCAAGUUCUAAAUCAAUUUCAAUUGAUAUUUUUGUUUAUCUUGUCCAGCUUCUGGUUCCAGGUGUUCUGCUCCAGAAUAGAUUGUGGAUCCUCUGCUUCCUUGGUUCCCUGUAUCGUCCUGUCUUUCGGGAACCAACCUCUGCAAUUGCUUACCUACUGUGCUUGUCAUGGGAUUAGUGCUGCUCUUCUGGUUCCAGGUGUUCUGCUCCAGAAUAGAUUGUAGAUCCUCUGCUUCCUUCGUUCCCUGUAUUGUCCUGUCUUUCCAGAACCAACCUCUGCAAUUGCUUACCUGCUGUGCUUGUUAUGGGAUUACGGCUGCUGUAGGUUUCUUCUGCAGGAUCCAAACCCAGAUUUUCUGUACUUCUCUGCCCCAGAUUUUCUGUCCUACUCUCCUGCUUUCUCUGGUCGACUGUAGCAGCUCGACGUUUCUGCUUCCUGGUUUUCACUGCAAUAGAAUCCUGCCUUCCUUCUAAUGCGGUCUGGUCCAGAUUUUAUUCUUCUCCAGUGCUACAGUCUGUUUGACUGAAUUUAUUCUUCUACUGGCUUCCUUCUACUGCUUGCUGGGUUCUACUAUGGGGAUUUAUUUUUGCUGUGUUCCUCUUGAGCCGUUUUUUACUGAAGCUGAAGUCUCCACAAGAAAGCUGUCUGUGCAGUUCUUGGAAGAAGCAGGCACCACCAGUCUGCCUGCUACUUUGCCUUUCCGGAUUGUGCAGCAUUGCAGCCAUUUGGGUGAAAUCCUGCCAAUGCCCAAGCUGCCCAGGAAUAGCAGCAUUGGUCACCUCAUCCUUGCAGUUCUAGUUUUUUUUUCCAGGUGCAGCAAUUAUGCUUGUUUCUUCUUGUUUGUUGUUACUGUUGUAUAUACUGAUUAUAAAUUUAUAAUCCAAGUUUCUUCUUGGGAAUACUGCUGGAUUUCUUGAAAUUCUUUUCUAUUCAUGUAUAUAUAUCUACAAGAGCCAUUUGAUUGUGCAUUCAAAAAUCUGUAACCAAAUAUUUUGGUAAUUUUUGUAUUUGUACUUGUUUGUUGUAGCUUUGUGUUUUAUACAGUUUUAUAAAUUUAGUUUACUUGUUGCACAUUCUGGUCUUUACCCAAGAAUAAUGGAAAAUGAUUUGUAUCUCUCA